AUGGGGAGUCGCUUGGAAAAGAACUCGGCUGCGGUGCAGAAGCGCAUCGCGAGCCAUGAGUUUGCCGAUGAAGGCGGAGAGGAAUACGAGGCCAGCGCCUUUGGGGGAUUUGGCGACUAUUUUCGGAGAAAGAAACUCAAGCUUCAGAACCUCGACGUCGAGUAUCGCGCAGAAAAGGGCGAUAAGCCGCAGAUUUUCAAGGGAAUCGUGGCGCAUGUCACGGGCUACACUCAACCUCCUCUUCAUGUCCUUCACAAAGAGCUCGUUCAACAUGGCGCUGGCUUUCUGCAAUACCUCGAUGGCAAAACCACGGCAACACAUAUCAUCGCCUCGGCCAUGCCGCCAAAGAAGUCCCUCGACUUCACCAACUACCGUGUCGUCAAGCCGUCCUGGGUGGUAGACUCCAUCCAAGCCGGAAAGCUGUUACCAUGGACCGACUACCGCGUCAUCGAACAAGGCCCACGGCAAAAGACCAUCAAGUUUGACGGAAACAAAAUGACGAGCCAACAACCCCAAUCGAAGUCUCCCACGGGCUAUCGAGAACAAACCCGUGAUAGCUUCUACAACAGCCAGUUCCAAAAGUCCUCCCAGCUAGCCUCACAACAGUCCAGCAGCCCCUUUCAACCAAGACCAGCCUUCAAAACCCACAACUCCAAGCACGAGAAUAUCGACGACAUCGACGAUGCCAUGGACCUCGACACACCCUCAAAACCUCAAAACGAACCUCCCAGAUCAGCCCAAAAACCACCCUCUCCCGACCCCAUAGCACCACCACCACCACCACCACCACCCAAACCCAUCCCAAACCAACCCCUAACCUCGGAAGAACACAACGCCCUCCUCCUCUCCGACCCGAAAAUCCGCGAAUCCUCUACCGCCAACCCCGACUUUUUAUCAAAAUACUACGCCACCUCCCGUCUCCACCACCUCUCAACCUGGAAAUCCGACCUCAAAUCCCGCCUCCAGAAACUAACCUCGCAAUCAUGCUCCCGUCCUUCCAGCAAGCGGAAACCCAACCAGAGAAGAUACAUCCUCCACGUAGACUUUGACUCUUUCUUCUGCGCCAUCUCCCUCCAGAAAUGCCCCGAAUACGCCGACAAACCCACCGUCGUAGCCCACGGUUCCGGCACCGGCUCCGAGAUUGCCAGUUGCAACUACCCCGCGAGGAAAUUCGGAGUCAAAAACGGCAUGUGGAUGAAGCGCGCGCUGGAGCUCUGCCCAGGGUUGAAGGUCUUGCCGUACGACUUUGCGGGGUAUGAAAAGGCGAGCGAGGUUUUUUAUCAGGUUUUGUUGGGGGUGGGGGGUGUGGUGCAGAGUGUCAGCAUUGAUGAGGCGUUGGUUGAUGUGACGGAUGUGGUGCUGAGGGGGGUUGGGUCGACGGGGGUGGGGGUUGGUGAGGGGAGUGUUUGUCGGGAGCAGGAAAAGGCGGAGGAGAUUGCGAGGGGGUUGAGGGGGGAGGUGAGGAGGAGGACGGGGUGUGAGGUUUCGGUGGGGAUCGGGGGAAAUGUGCUGCUGGCCAAGGUUGCGCUGAGGAGGGCGAAGCCGGCGGGGCAGCAUCAGAUUCGGCCGGAGGAGGUGUUGGAUUCGAUUGGGGAGUUGGGGGUGGAGGGGCUGCCUGGGGUGGCGGGGAGUAUUGGGGGGAGGCUGGAGGAGAUGGGGAUCAGGUUUGUGAAGGAUAUAAGGGGGACGACGAGGGAGAGGUUGGUGAGCGUUCUGGGGCCGAAGACGGGGGAGAGGUUGUGGGAUUAUGCGAGGGGGGUUGAUAGGAGCGAGUUGGGGGAGCAGCCGGUGAGGAAGUCGGUCUCGGCGGAUGUGAACUGGGGGAUCAGGUUUGUCAGUCAGGAGGAGGCGGAGGAGUUUGUGAGGAAUCUGUGUGGGGAGUUGGAGAAGAGGCUUUUGGCCGAGGGGGUGAAGGGGAAGCUGUUGACCGUGAAGAUCAUGAGGCGGUCGUUGGAUGCGCCUUUGGAUCCGGCGAAGCAUCUUGGUCACGGGAAGUGCGAUACUUUCAACAAGAGCGCGAGCUUUGGGGUGGCGACGUGUGAUGCCGAGGUGAUCGGGAAGGAGGCGGUUGGGAUCUUACGGUCUUACAAGUUCAGCCCUGGAGAUCUGAGAGGCAUAGGGGUCCAGAUGACCAAGCUUGACCACAUCAAACCGUCAGCAGCGCCAGAGGGCAGUCAGAAGAAGCUGAACUUUGGCAGUGCUGUUGCUGCUCAGCCUCCGCCACCGAGGAGAGAGAGGGAACAGAUUGUCGACGACCACGUUCCGUACCAGCUCAAACGUUCAUCCUCCUCAGGGCAUGAAGUCGAACACGACCCCAUCACCGAAGACCCAUCAACACCCAAGAAACCCAGAGUCCACCCGGCACUCGCCCUCGCAGAAGCCAACGCUGCCGACGAAAAAGCCAAUGCCCCGCUCAACGUCCGAGGAACACAAUUCAUCCUCCCCUCCCAAGUCGACCCUGCCGUCCUGGCCGCACUCCCCCAGGAUGUCCGCAGCAAACUAAUCGCCCGAGCCAAACGUCCCGCCUCCCCUGCCCCUGCUGCGAAAUCCCGCUCCGGCAGCCCGGCCACGGCAGAGGAAGUCCCCCCCGACGUCGACCCCGAAGUCUUUCACUCCCUCCCAGAAGACGUGAGAGCAGAGAUAUGGGCUCAAUACGGCGGCGGUCCAUCCCGGCAAAGCCGGCCGCCCUCUCGACAAGCAGUCCGUCCGCAAUCCCCCCGAAAAAACGGGACAAUCCACCACCUCCCCAAAGAACGACAUCCCCCCUCCCCCAAACGGGGGGGCGGUAAAUCCCUUUCCAGUCGGGGCAAACAAUCCGGUUCCGGGGGGGCCAGACUCUUUCAAACAAACUUUACCCGUGCCGUCCCCGGUGCGGUCGAGGAUCUCGACCCUGAAGUGCUGGCGGCUUUGCCGGAGGAUAUGCGGAGGGAGGUGAUUGACGAUCACCGCAGGAGGAAGUUGAGUGUUGACGCUGCGCAUCACCGCCACCGUCGACCUCCCGCACCGCCGCAACAGAAGACUUUGGAGUUUGGGAGGCCGCUGAAGCUGGCGUUCACGGGGGAGGAGGGGAAGGUGACGGGGUUGGAGGAGGUCAAAAAGAUGGUGAGGGCGUGGUUUGAGAUGAAUAAGGAGGAGGGGCCGCAUGAGAUGGAUGUGGAGGUUUUUGGAGGGUAUGUCAAGAGGGUGGUGACGGUGGAGAGGGAUAUGGAGAAGGCGAGGGGGUUGGUUAGGUGGUUGGGGUGGUUGGUUGAGGAGGAGACGGAGACGGAGGAGGGGAGAAAAGGGUGGGAGGAGGCGGUGGAGGGGAUCAGGGGGUUUGUUGGGGAGGGGGUGAAGGAGAGGGGGUUGGGGGGGUUGGAUACUGGGUAA